AUGAUCGACUUUGUGUUGCAUGGGCAAUAGAUACCUAGGUGAAUGCCGAAUGCUGCCAAAACUCCUUGUGCUUGCAACAACAAAACUCCUCCAAGUCCCUGUAGUGAAGAUUGAUGCUUGUCAUCCGCCCUGUCGACAACCAAAGAUCGCACAACUUGCGGGGACUUUCUCCUUGCUUCACUCCCGAUCCAACACCCCUCGAUUCAUUCAAGCAACCUUGAUUUUAUAUUGGCAGCCACCUCGGUUUUUUGAGAACCAACGCUGCUUCCCAAAUCCGCAUUCCACGAUCUUGCCGGGAGAAAACAUACAUGAUUCUUGCUCGCUCCGCCCACAACAUCCAUAGUCCAACACGCCCACAACGGUCAUCAUGUCUCAAGGCUAGACGUGACAACUCCCGAGACACGAAACACGAAACGCGCCAUCAUCACCCACACCUGGACAGCAUGCCUGCGAAGCCGAACGCAAUCGUAUAAGUAAACACACCGACACAAUGGCCGAAUUGAAGGGCAUAACCUACUCAUCCGAGGAGACAGAUCUCGGACUCGAGCAGCAAGCAUCAGCACCCCCGCUCGAUCGCAAGUACCUUCGGGCUAGCCACGAUUACCAACCCGAACGAACUACCAUUUCUGGUUCCUCGGGCGGCAUCUCCAUCACCGCCCCUUUGCGAGAGGGCGAUAUAGUCUUGAUACAUCUCACUCAUCCCAACGGCUGGGCAGAUGGAACCAUCCUCUCCACUGGUGUCCGAGGCUGGAUCCCGACCAACUACUGUCACAUUUUCGAUCCUCUACCGAUGCGCUCCCUCCUUCACGCAUUGACUCGGAUGUGGGACUACAUGAGCUUGGGUGCUAACGAUGAAGCCCUGUUUGAGGAUCGACAGGACUGUGUCCAGGGUCUGAUAGCAGGCGUUCGACGCUUGCUGGAGCACUGUGACUGUCUACACAGGGACGAUAGCCUCAUUGUGAAGAACGUAGCUCUGAGACGGACACGGAAGAGUCUUCUGGCGGACCUCUCAUGUCUCUUGAAGACUCGCGACGGUAUCCACAAUACCUUUUCCGAUUCUUCCGAUUCGGCUGAGUGGACCACUGUUGACAAGUAUCUUACGAAGGCUUUCAGGAUUGCAUGUAGAGGUGCACGAUUGCUGGAUAUUUGGUCUCAAAAUUCAUCUCCAAGGCAAACGCGAUCCAGUAUGCGCCAUAGCGACGCUUUCGAAAGUCCCCAGACUGCAAGAGCUUCGAUGCAUAUACGUAUUCCGCAUACGCCACUCGCGAAUGUUGACGAGCAAUCUGCUCAGCCUUGUAGUUCUGACUCCGUCAGAGAGAUCCCAAGAUUCCAGCUCCAGGUUCUUGAGUACGACGAUACUUCUCAAGCCACAAAAAUUGUCAACGAGCACUUUGGUACCGAACUUGACGCAGAAGCGCAGGUGCUGCCGCACAACACAUCGUCGCCAACACAAGCGCCGCGCAUCACGAUCGGCUCGAAGUCCAUGACUGUCAAAACCCUCGCGCUCACCGAAGGGAACAUGUCCGACCUGGCGUCCGAGCGUCUCACGGCCGCCCAUGAGCAGUUCCUGGGCGACAUUGGUGCCUUUAUAGGCCUUCAUUUGCAGUCUAGAACAUCUCUAGACUUAGCAACGACGACUCGGCUGUCCAUCAGAGCAGCAGAGGAUCUAUUGGUGAUCAUCAGCGUUAUCUCAAGACGCAAUCCUGGUCGGUCCCAAGGUAUAGCAUUGGCCUCAGACAAUGUGCGCAUGAAAUUAGCGACGCUUGCAGAAACUGCGGACCGCUUGUGCAGAGUGCCUGCCGAACAAGAUGAGCCGGAAAUUAUAGGAGUUGUGGGCCCCGAGAAUGGGCGAGGACUUGUGGCUGCAGCAACCGCUUGUGUCCGAGCGGCAGGCGACUGCACUGCAAAGACACGAAAGUUUCUCGACCAUAUAACUGGCGACUUCUUCCUCCCAUUCGAUUCCAAUGGACAACACCAAAAUUCCGCCACUGCCAUUUUAA